AUGUCCAACGACGAGCUCCCCCUUUCGAUCAUGGCAGCAAAGAACGCCAUCAUAAUAGCGUUGAUCUCUCCCGCUGACGCACAGUCACUCGCUCCUUACUUCACCUUAAAUCGCGUUAUGGUGGGUUGUAAAUACGACACCGAGGAGGAGCUCUUCGUCCCUCCGCACUGGCACCCCUUGCACGACGAGGUGUUCCGGGUCGUUAAAGGCCACAUCGAGGUCAGAAUUGGACCUAUGACUCAGAUAUACACCCCAGAGGACGGCGAGAUAAUCAUCCCGCGGCGCACGGUCCACAGCAUCCGUUCAUUCAAGGGCGAGCACAUUAUUAUGGAACGGACAGAGCCGAUGGACGACGAGAAGGAGCUGUUCUUUAGGAAUAUGUUGGAGAGCGGGAGCCUACCAACUAGUGUACUCCAAGCUGCUCUAGUUGCGUAUAACUGCGACGCACAGGAUGGGCCAAUAGGCACCUCCUCUGCACGAGCAGCUGUCAAGCUCGUAGAAAAACCUCAUUCGAGUGCGACUCAUGGGUCUCAUUACAGAUCACCUGCGGUCGUCAAUGCGAGCCCAGUUGGAAACAUAGAGCUGUUCAAACGUGCAUCUCCUCAGGGAAUUGACGUUUCCAACUAUCAGCCCAACGUCAACUGGAACACCGUCAAGGCGAAUGGAAUUUCGUUCGCCUAUAUCAAGGCUACUGAAGGAACAGGCUACAUUAGCCCCUCCUUCUCAUCUCAAUACACAGGCGCCACGAACGUUGGCUUGAUUCGCGGAGGAUACCACUUUGCUCUUCCCGACAGGUCCAGUGGAGCUGCUCAAGCGACCUAUUUCCUUGCUCAUGGAGGUGGCUGGAGUGGUGAUGGCAUCACCCUUCCUGGAGCUCUUGACAUAGAAUACAACCCAUAUGGCGCAACCUGCUAUGGUUUGAGCCAAGCUUCUAUGGUUAGCUGGAUUCGCGACUUCUCCAACACCUAUCAUGCGAAGACGGGUCGUUAUCCAGUGAUCUACACCACCACCAACUGGUGGACCACAUGUACCAGAAAUAAUUCUGGUUUCGGGUCAACGAGCCCUCUCUGGAUCGCCCGAUAUGCCUCCGCUAUUGGCACUUUACCGGCCGGCUGGGCAUACACCACCUUCUGGCAGUACGCGGACUCAGGUCCGAACCCAGGAGACCAAGAUCUGUUCAACGGUGACACAGCUGGACUCAAGAGCCGUCGAGCACCCUCCUCUACUCCUUUGAGUGCAUAUAGUCGUCAAUCGGAAACCCAACACGAGCUCGAGCAGGGUCUUCGUCUAAUCGUCGAACGCACUUCGGAAACGGGCACGAUGGACGAAAUUAUACCAGGCCUAUGGAUUGGCGACCUUCCAAGCGCGCUCAACGUUGAGAAGCUUAAACAGCACGGGAUCUUCAGUAUUCUAACGGCGAUGCGAGGGAGUAUCACGAUUCACGAGACCUUCAUUCGACACCAGAUCAAGGUCGACGAUUCAGAGGAUGCGGAUAUCCUGACGCAUCUACUCCCCUCAAUACACUUCAUCCAGGCAGAGCUCGAUAAAGGAAGAGGGGUGUUGGUGCAUUGUCAGGCUGGAGUCAGCCGCAGCUCGACUAUAGUAGCGGCGUACCUUAUGUAUAGUCAGGGAAUCGAUCCUCAAAGAGCCCUCGAAAUCAUCAGACAGGCCCGGCCCUUCGUCGAGCCCAACCAAGGCUUUCUACAGCAACUCGAGUUAUUUCAUGAAGCACGAUACAAGAUUUCGAAGAGGGAGAAAGCGGUGCGAAUGUUUUACAUGGACCGAACGGUAGAAGAAGUGAUGAAUGGAGACGGAUCUCCUCCAGAAACCAACAUGUUCGCCAGCUAUCCUCGUACUCCAUCGGAUUCCGUGCCAAGUACGCCUGGAGGUCCUAGGAGGAGAAUACGAUGCAAGAUGUGCAGGCAGGAGCUAGCUGCUCGUGAGCACAUGCUGGAUCAUGGCCAACUCGGGCCUCCAACACCAGCGGGAAUAACACCAGCAACAUCCCGACGCCCCUCGCAAAGCAAGCCCGCGAGCGCGAUGUUAGCCUCAUCAAACGGGAUGACUCCUGCCAACGAGCCUGUUCGACGACCUUCACGCAAAUCCUUCAGCACAGCUCUCGGAGAUUCUUUAUCUAUGUCCUCGAUACGUGAAGAUCCAGGUGGCCAAGACCCAGAGAAAGAAUCCCUCUCACUCUACCUCUUCCGACCCGACAGCGAGAACCACGCCACCCUCGACAUCGACGACGAGGCCGAAGGCGAACCUGUGACGGCAGAGGAUUUGUCAAUCGAUGCCUCGCGAGUGCUCGGGCGACGACUCUCUGACGCGGUUAUCGCCACCCCACAAGACACGCCCCAGUCAGAGAAGGAGAACAAUUUUAUCCCCGCGAAGGGAGGGACGACAACCGAGGGAGGCGCGUCAGAGACCAAGCUUGAGCAUCCAACAACCCAGUUUAUUAGCCCUACGGAUCUGGCUGCUCAGCUGUAUACCAACCCCAAACUGGCGGCGCUUCGCUCACAGCACGGGUCUGCCGCUACGUCGCCUAUCGCAUCGAAGCCUCCGAUUGUCAGUGCACCAAUACUAGCGAACCCGAAAUGUUCGGGGUACUUUGUUGAACCUAUGAAAUGGAUGGAGCAUUUCCUCUCAGAUGGACAACUAGCCGGGAAGAUAACGUGCCCGAACAAAAAGUGCGGGGCUAAGCUGGGCAACUACGAUUGGGCUGGAGUGUGUUGUGGAUGCAAGGAAUGGGUGACACCGGGUUUCUGCAUCAAUCGUUCGAAAGUUGAUGAGGUGGUUUGA